UUCUAAGCAAACUGAGUGAAAUGGAUCGAAGAGAUUUUUCUAUAUUCAUAAUUCUUACAGUUUUAGCCGGCGGUAUCGACAGUAUGACAAGACAGCAAUUAAAAAAGUCAACUAAAAUGUUAAAAAAUAAUUGUAUGGGCAAGAAUGAUGUCACAGAAGAUAUGGUCGGCGAUAUUGAAAAAGGAAAAUUUAUCCAGGAAAAAAAUGUAAUGUGCUAUAUUGCAUGUAUCUAUCAAAUGUCGCAAAUUGUGAAAAAUAAUAAGUUAAACUACGAAGCUUCAAUAAAACAAGUGGAUAUUAUGUAUCCCGCGGACAUGAAGGACGCUAUGAAAUCUUCAAUUGAAAAAUGUAAAGAUUUAUCCAAAAAAUACAAAGACAUAUGUGAAGCCUCAUACUGGACAGCAAAAUGUAUAUACGACGACAAUCCUAAGAACUUUCUAUUUCCUUAAUGUAUUCAAAUUAAAUAUCUUACUAUUUUUGAAUACUACUGCAAUGUAACCUUAAUACCUAAAAA